AUGGAUUAUUCAGAGGACGCAGAGCUGCGAGGAACAGACGUCCAAACAAACGUAGGGUCACUGGAGAACCGGAUGAAGUGGGAGCAAAGCUGCGGGAUUGUUGGGAACGACGAGGCAGCAAAUACUGAGGUUCAUGGUGGAUCCACCUGGGGCCCGGGAACUCCGUCUCUGGGCCCCCAGGCUCGCCCAGCUACCUGGGGCCCUGGAACUCCGUCUCUGGGCUCCCAGGGCUCUAACACUCGCCCAGCCACCUGGGGCCCGGGAACUCCGUCUCUGGGCUCCCAGGCUCGCCCAGCUACCUGUGGCCCGGGAACUCCGUCUCUGGGCUCCCAGGCUCGCCCAGCCACCUGUGGCCCGGGAACUCCGUCUCUGGGCUCCCAGGCUCGCCCAGCCACCUGUGGCCCGGGAACUCCGUCUCUGGGCUCCCAGGCUCGCCCAGCUACCUGUGGCCCGGGAACUCCGUCUCUGGGCUCCCAGGCUCGCCCAGCCAUCUGUGGCCCGGGAACUCCGUCUCUGGGCUCCCAGGCUCGCCCAGCCACCUGUGGCCCGGGAACUCCGUCUCUGGGCUCCCAGGCUCGCCCAGCUACCUGGGGCCCGGGAACUCCGUCUCUGGGCUCCCAGGCUCGCCCAGCCACCUGUGGCCCGGGAACUCCGUCUCUGGGCUCCCAGGCUCGCCCAGCCACCUGUGGCCCGGGAACUCCGUCUCUGGGCUCCCAGGCUCGCCCAGCUACCUGGGGCCCGGGAACUCCGUCUCUGGGCUCCCAGGCUCGCCCAGCCACCUGGGGCCCGGGAACUCCGUCUCUGGGCUCCCAGGGCUCUGACACUCACCCAGCUACCUGGGGCCCGGGAACUCCGUCUCUGGGCUCCCAGGCUCGCCCAGCUACCUGUGGCCCGGGAACUCCGUCUCUGGGCUCCCAGGGCUCUGACACUCACCCAGCUACCUGGGGCCCGGGAACUCCGUCUCUGGGCUCCCAGGCUCGCCCAGCUACCUGUGGCCCUGGAACUCCGUCUCUGGGCUCCCAGGGCUCUGACACUCACCCAGCCACCUGGGGCCCUGGAACCACAAAAACCUGA